ACCACGAGGAAGGCAAGGAGACUGCCUUAAACAGAGUCUCACUGCAAAAGCAAAUCAUUAAACCGAUGCUACCUGCUCCGGAGCGAUCAGGGUAGUCUACCGCGCUGCACCAAGAGAGUCCCGGUUUUAUUCUGCUCUUCGUUCUCAUCUAGGAACAGGACGCUCCAAGCCCCGCGUCUGUGUAGAAACAGCUUCUCUUCCGUGUGAGCCGACUGAAGGAGAAGGGGGCAUAGUGGGUGGAGCUAAUCUUUAGCCAAUCACCUGCUUCGUCGGUUCACAGGGCAACGUUCCACGGUGGACAGCAGGAGGGGAAGGUUUUGGAUCAGGCCCUUCGGUAGCUGAGCGGGCUCUUCCUCCGACCCCCCGACCCCCCGAAUAAUAUAAAAAUGAAUGUUGGGGUGGCCCACAGUGAAGUUAAUCCCAAUACGAGAGUAAUGAACAGCAGAGGAAUGUGGCUGACAUAUGCUCUUGGAGUUGGCUUGCUUCAUAUUGUCUUGCUCAGCAUUCCUUUCUUCAGUGUGCCAGUUGCCUGGACAUUAACCAAUGUUAUUCACAAUUUGGGAAUGUAUGUAUUUUUGCAUGCAGUAAAAGGAACACCUUUUGAAACACCUGACCAAGGUAAAGCAAGACUGCUGACGCACUGGGAGCAACUGGACUACGGUGUGCAGUGUACAUCUUCACGAAAAUUCUUCACAAUAUCUCCAAUUAUUUUGUAUUUCUUGGCAAGCUUCUACACAAAAUAUGAUCCAGCACAUUUCAUCUUAAACACUGUUUCUCUCUUGAGUGUACUUAUUCCCAAGUUGCCACAGCUGCAUGGAGUCAGAAUCUUUGGAAUCAACAAGUAUUAAGCAGGAGAUAUCAAACUAAGAGCAAUCUGACCAAAACACAGCAUGGCUGUUUGUUUUCAUUGGUGGAAGGAAGAUUUUCUACUCUCAAGAUGUAUGCUAUUUUUUCAAAGCAGUGUGGGAGAGGAAUAGACUUUCUGAAGAUGUAUCAAACUGAAGUGGUAUAUCUUCAGAGGACAAGCUUUCCAUAAGGAGCUGGGCAGGCCUAGUUCUAUUAUAUUAGGCGCAUUGACAGGGUAUAUGCCAAGCUAACAUAAAUGAGCUGUAAAAAGAGAAUAAUUUGAUUGAAACAUUGGCAUAAUGUUUCACAAAUAAGCCAGCUGUGAUAAUGCAAAGUGCAUUAGGAGGAAGAGGGCCAAUGUCCCAAUUCUCCAUUUUCAGAGCUGAGUAUGGUUUAAAUGCUGUAAAGUAGCCAGUUACUGCUUUUUUUGGGUGGUUCUUGUUUUUGCUAUUUCCAGAGCCAGGAUUUUCUGUCCAGCUGCAGGGGUUGCAAGACUAAUAUUAAACUAGCAAGUUGCUGUGACUCGGUUGAAAUGGAUUUCAUGCCUUAUCUACUCAUGGGACCUUUAACCAUAAUGAUUUCUCCAGUUUUAGAUGUCAAAACUCAGGGACUUAUAUGUCAGCUUUACAAUCUCUUUCAUACAAAGUUAAACCAAUCAAUAAUACUUUUACUUGUUUUCCAAAGUUGAUUAUUCUAAAAUGUCCAGAGUAUCUAAACUAUAAACCAAUCUUUUAAAUGUAGAACUGUGUUCCUCUGUUUGACUCUACUUAUAUAGCUAGGUUAAUUAAAAGAGAUGGCUCGCAAAAAAGUGAGAGCCUAUUUCUGUUGGAAGAAAUGCUGUCUGCAGUAGAGUAUCUAGCCUUUUACUCUACUGGGAAUUCUCACAUGAUGGGGAACCUUAGCCACCAAGUACAGCAUAAUAUGUUGUCAACAGUUUUCUGCAUUUAAAGUUGAGAAACUUUGUCUCUCUUCCCCCACCCCCCCAUGGAUCUGGAUUUGUGAGCCUUCCAGAAGAGAAUUAAGUGCGCACUGCAAGCCUGAUUAAAUUUUUGCAAACUGGAGAAUCUUCUGCCUUAAAAGCUUAUGAUCUUAGUUUGAGUGUUUGGUAGUAUCAGCAUAUACACAAUACAACCUGAUAUGGCAAGCACCUCUUGGAGAAAUCAUUUUGUGUAACCCCAGGAAGAGGCAUGUGUUUUCCCCUGUUGAAUGGAGACUGGCUGUGACUUGCCAGCAAGGAGAGGUACCUUACUGUAAGUAAAGCUUUCCCUCUCUGCCCACAGUGACUCUUGAAUACAAGCUACUAGUGAUUAUGCACUCAAAGUAAUUAUUGGCUACUUUCAAUAAAUUAUACUUUUUCUUUAUUAUUGGUCUCUGAAAAUGUCUUUUAGAAAUAUCAGUUUUAUAUUAAUAAAAUGAAUGACUUUGAGACUGAUCAUAUCAAUAUAGAACAUUGUAAGUGCAGUUCACUGUACUGUGCCAAAAGGUUGCAGGCAUAACAAAUUGUUGUGCUUUUGUAAAUAGAAUUAUAGUUGUAAUGUUUGAAACACUACAUAAAAUGUAUGAAAAAUUGAAUAAGAGGCAUUUCCUACAGUUAUGUAAAACAUUGAUGUGAUCAGCGUUUUCUGUCUACCCUGUGACAUUUUUUUUCCAAAAAUGGUUUGUGGUUUACUCCAAUUAAAAAAUUGCCCUGAAAA